AUGCCGAAGACAACGAUAUCUCCCGAAGUGGCUGCAGUGCAGGGAACAUUACUGCGGCUGUGCUCCCAUCUACAAAGAAUUCAAUUUAAGAAAAUUCAGAAGGCAGCCUUUGGGAUCCCGCCCAAUGCGAACUGGCCGAGGCAAGCGAUCUAUUGGACACCAGAGGGCGCAUGGCCGCCUGUCAGUAAUCAGUGGUCCAUUGGAGGUGGGCACCCAUAUGAUUCGCCCUUUCCCGUACGAGCAGGCAACGGGCUGGACCCGUCACAGGGCAUGUUGCCGCCUGGAGAUGGUGGACGGGACAUGAGAAUGCCCGUAAGACGCCGAGGUGAGCUAAACCCCUAU